CUCAAUAACCGGAAGUCCCGCCCCUCAGACUUUGACUGAUGAGUAAAGGCAUGUGAACAGUUUACGAGCAGAUGUGACUGCGUUUACAGCGUAAUUAUUUUAUACUUUUAAUGGUCCUAUAAUUAAGUCUUUAUAAAUACUGAGAGUGGAGAAAUGGAUUCUAGAAUGCAUCCGUGGCGAACCUAUAGAAAUUCAGCCUUACAUGGUAUUUUGUCUUAUCAAGAUGAUGAUGAUGAUGAUGAUGAUGAUGUCAGAGAAGUGGUGAUGCUUUCUUCAGGGACAAAGUACGAUCAUUUCGAUUUUGUCUUCGGCAGAAGAGAAUUGCUGGAAGAGGUCAAUGUGAGUGACACUGAAAGGGAAGCCUGUUGUUUACUAGAGCAGGCCAAAAUCAAAGAAAAGGCAGAGAAGAAGCGGCUGAAGAAACAGAGACAGAAGGAAAGAAAGCGGCAGGAGAAAAUGGAGAAGGAAAAAGAGAACGGCUUAAAUGCUGCUUUGCAGCAGUCCAACGCGGAGGAGAAUUCGGCGGUCGGCGACAAAUUGCCAAACGGCGCUCAAGCCAAUGUGGAAGUUCGAGAGGAAGGCGGAGCGGAAGGCGGCGCCGGUAGAGAAAACGAUUCGGGCCAUGUUAGCGACCAGGACGCUGAGGAACUGGAUAUGACAAGUUGUUUUGUGAGUCAAACGGCCCAGAGAGUCCAACAUAAAUUGGAGGCGAAGCCUAAGCCUGAGAAGGCGAAACAGAAGCCGCCCAGCAAAGGGCAACUCCCCAAGAAAUCCCAUGACGACAUCGGCAAGGUCUCCGCUGGCGGCUUGGUGCUUACCGAUAAUGCUGAAAUAAGCAACGAUCUUGCAGCUCGGGGGAAUAAAUGGGCUCACGACGGACGUUAUGACUUGGCGGUGGAUUGUUUUACCCAAGCCAUCCAGUACAAUCCUACGGAAAUUAAGUUGUUUGGAAAUCGCGCAUUCUGUUUGGAGAAGAUGCAGGAAUAUGAGAAGGCCCUGGCCGACGCCGAGUUGUGCCUCAACAUGUCUCCCGGCUGGAUUAAAGGCCUCUUUCGCAAGGGGCGCGCUCUAGCCGGUUUAAAGAGAUACGAAGAGGCGGCGCAUGCCUUCCAAGGGGUCCUAAAGCUGGAUGCCUCUUGCGCCGAGGCAGCUCAGGAAAUGAUGCGAAUGCAGAUACUGCAGCUGAUGGUGAGUCAGCGAAGGCCUCGCACAAACCAGGGUGCCCGGACGCUGCCCCUUCUGAGCCGCGCCGUCCCUGUUUUUCUCGUCGAAGCGCCCCGAGUGCCGGCGGCUUCAGGAACCGCGGGGAAGACCGAACCCCCCGGGAAGGGCCGCCGUGCCUCCAACGUCCAAAAAGAUGGCCACCCGGAACUGUUUCCAGUAUGGGUGGGCAACCUGACCACGACGGUGACGGAGCAGCUGCUCUCCAACAUGUUCAGCAAGGCGGGUUCGCUUCACAGCGUCAAGCUCCUGCUCGAUCGCCGCUGCGCCUUCGUCAACUUUACGCGGCAGGAGUGCUGCGACACAGCCAUCCGAUUAUUUCACAACUUCAAGCUGAUGGGCAACUGGAUCGCUGUUCGAUACCCUGACAGAAUCCCCGCAUACGGGGGCUUCUCCAAGACGGCCCUCAAAGCUCAAGACCGUGACAAUUCCCACUAAGUGUCUUCAACCACUUCCAACUGCGGUGGCAGGCAUAAUUCAAACGGGAGCGGCCGCGUGUGCCCGAACCGACAAUAAAAGAAGGAUGGAUUUUUUAUUAUUAUUUUUUUUAAUAAAUCAUGUCCGAAGUCUUUUUUUUAAUUUUUUUUUUUUUUAAUUUAAGGACAUUGACGCCAAAUAUCUUUUUUUAUUCUAAAAUGUUUCCAUUUAAUUAAAGGACUACAAUGUG